GCUGCCCCUAAACCUCAUUCGCGGCCCGACCCGCCCGCCUCCGCGGCUAAUCUUCAUCUUCCUGCCCGGUGCUCCAUCAUCGGCAACGCUGUACACCAGCCGCUCUCCGUCGCCGUUUACGCUGUCGAAAAGAAGAUACAAGGAAGUAAUAUCAAUUUUAUGAGAACCAAGAAGUAAGACAAGGAAGAUGGUGGUCAGGAUAAGACUAUCGAGAUUUGGGUGUAGGAACAAGCCUUUCUAUCGAGUGAUGGCUGCAGACAGUAGAUGUCCUAGAGAUGGGAGGCAUCUUGAAGUUCUAGGGUAUUAUAAUCCACUCCCCGGGCAAGAUGGUGGUAAGCGAAUGGGUUUAAACUUUGAGAGAAUCAAGUACUGGUUAUCGGUUGGAGCUCAGCCAUCGGAUCCUGUUCAGAGGAUCCUCUUCAGAGCAGGCCUUCUACCUCCACCACCAAUGCUCUCAAUUUCGCGCAAAGGUGGUCCCCGUGACAAUCGUCCUAUUGAUCCGAUGACCGGCCGCUUCCUGCCCUCGAAGGAUUCUGAGGUUGCUGGCGAACCAAUAGAUGAGGAAGAAGAAGCACAGGAUCAAGGAGAGACUGGUAAGAGCUGAACUCAAUGAGUUGAAUUUCUUUCUUCUCUUGAGUAUUUGAAUGAGAAAGCAGUUUAUAACGGCUACUUCAUGACGGAUUUCUAGCUCCUUUCUGGUAGUUAGUGAUGAAAUAUUGAGUUUUAGGGAACUUUUUCGUAGGAUUUUCUUAUUUAAUAUGGAGUGUUGAAGAAUAAAUUUGAUAUAAA